GUUGAGCUGGAAUUAUAGUUCAUACAAAUUUAUACAAAAACAAAACAUUCCUUCUUUUUGUAUUUGGAUAGUUCAGAUGUACCGGGUGUUACAUCCUUAGAUUAAGGUUAGAUUUUUCCAUCGUAGAUUUUCCUUGAUAUUUGAAGAAUUUAUUUUCAAUAUUAAAAUAUAAAAAAUGUCUCUAUCUCAAAAACAUUCCGGAUUAAUUCUUGUUCCUUGGUUUAACAAAAUGGAAUGGGAUCAUGUCUAUAAUUUAGUUUAUUCAGAAAAUAAAGCGAAACAAUCAGAAGCUUUAAAUAUACUUAAAAUGUGGAAGGCAAGAACCCCGAUUCUACCAGCAGGAGUGGAAGGAACACUUAUCAUAUUAGAAGCAUUGUUAAUUGAUGAUCAGCUGCUCACAUAUGAACAAUUUACUAAGUUAUAUUCUGUUGCUUUAAUGAGAUUUCUUAACUUAUCUGCUGCAAACAGUGAUAAACAAGGUACCUUUUCAAGAACGUCAUCAAAAAAUGAAUUGCCAAAGUGGUUAGUAAACCUAAGACAUGAUAUUGCACAUGGUCAUCAAAUACCUUCCAAAUUUAAUUUACAAACAGGUUUAAAUUUUGGUUUCAAAUGGUUAAAAGAAAAAUAUUGGAGAUCGCAGGAAAACAAAUUAAUUGAUUUUUAUGGAGAAACUAAUGAAGGUCUAGUAACUAAUGUAAAAGCUUAUGUCAAUUUAAAUAUGCUAUUAUUUAAAAGUUCUGAAUUAGACGAAUCUUAUGUUGACCAGAUUAAACAAAAGUUUUAUAAAAAGUAUAAAAAGAAGAUUAAUUAUCCUUCUGAAAUACUGGAAAUUUUGGAAGAAACUAUUCGACAAAGUUUAGAUGCCGAUCAGUCAGAGAAAAAUGUGAAUGAGUUGCUAAAUGUCCUUGUAUCCAUUGAAGGUUUACUUAAAACUAAUUUGGAUAGUCAUACAGAACAAGGCGAAAUAAAAAUUAUUAAAGAUUUUCGAAAUAUUUGGAAGAAUAUAAUAAGCCUGUUACAUCACUUCAAUCUUUUGUUUAGUUUAAUCUCAAAGUUGUUUCAUGAAAUGUCUGAUGUUUCAAAUUUUGAUAAUACCAAAAAAAUGGCUUCAAUAUGGAUAAGGGAGUUAUUAAUUUCACUGAUGUACUUGAAAUACAAGGACAGCAUGAAAGAAAAUUUUGAUUAUUUAGAAAUCCAUUCCAAUGGAUAUUUAUAUGAAAGAGAAUUAUUACAGUUUCAAGAUAAAGUUCUGGUUUCAUCUAAUGAGCAUUCUAUUAAUUUUAUAGAUAUAUUACUGAAAUAUAACAGAAAUACUGAGGAGUUUAAUUCAACUGCAAUCGAUUUAAUUAACUUUCAUUAUUUGCCAGGAAGUUUAGCAAAUGUAGAAAAUAUAAUAUUUUCAGUAUCUGAUUUGGAGAGCUCCAAUAUUUUUGAUGAAAGUGUGGAUGCAGUAGAAUAUACAGAAAGUAAUGUCAGUCACUAUUCUAACGAUAACAAUUUACAUGAAAUAAAAGCAGGUGCUAAGUGGACAAAAAUUACAGAUACCUCAGCUUUCAAAAACUGCCCUGUUGGAAUAUUACCUCAUCAAAUUCAAAAACGACAUCCUUUUUUAUUGUAAUUAAUAAAAGAUAGCUAAUAAAAUAAUUUUAGAAAAGAAAAAAAUCUUACAAUUCUUGCACUGAGAUGUAUGGUUUAUUAAUUUUUAAUAUGCAUAAUUCACCCUAGAUAAGUAUUUUUAUAUAUUUAUUUAAAAGAAAUGCCGCCCUUUUUUAACUCAGCAUUAGUAGUUCAAAUGUAUCGCCCUUUAAAUCUAGGUCAAAUUUGACGUCCGUCGAUUUGUCAAUGAUGAAAACUGUGGAUGAAAAUAAUAAAAGCCAAAUAAUGCAAAA